AUGUGUGACGACAACUGUGCUAACCUGAAACCGGACCGGAUGAGGUGCGAGGCAGCUCGAACCAUCAACAUGGCCAAAUAUAUCCAACAACACAAGCCCAACAUGCAAAUAUACGAGAAGUGCGUCCCUCCGCCGCCCCCCUGCAUCUCUCUACCUGAAAUGCCAGUGAACCCGACCUGCAUCAGGGUAUGCAACAAAGAGGAGUACAAACUGAGGACGUGUCCACCGAAGAUCUCUCUGCCGCAUGUACCCAUCGGACAUGGCAAACUUAUGUAUGCUGUUAAAGCUGGCCUCCUGGUAGGAGCUGUUUACUUCACGUACAGCCAGGGAGUGUGGGGCGACCAGCAGGACGUGACCGAGUGCGCGAGGCGCUGGCAGGAGUACAUGCGCAGCUUCAACACGCGACGCCCCCCGAACUUCGACAAAUGCGGCAAAGUUAUCGUUAAGGAAACAACAGACAGCCUCAUAGCGCCAUUAUAUGCGAUUUAUAAGGAACUCGUGACCACCAUAUUUGCCGGCGUUGUCAAGUUCCCGACGAUCCUCAAGUGUAUGUACACCAACUACCUCAAAGCUCUCGAGCAGAAAGAUCUUGAGGAGGCUAAGGAGCGGAAAAUUAGAAAAAAGAGCAUAUAAACUCAUUGCACUCCAUUUAUAAGAGCAUAAGUAUAA